AUGAAUAGUGAAAAGUCUCAAUCGCGUAGAAGGUUCACCCAAAAAGAAGAUGAUCUAUUAAGAGAACUUGCGAAAGAUAAGAAGAAUAAAACCUGGGAAGAAAUUGCUCAAUAUUUACCAGGAAGAACAACAUGCCAAUGCAGAGACAGAUAUAAUCAGUAUUUGUACACUACUGUUAUAUCAAAACCUUGGACCAAAGAAGAAGAUGAAUUAAUCAUUGAAAAAUAUAAAGAAUUUGGUGCUCAUUGGGUUAAAAUUGCUUUGCAUCUCCCUGGACGAAGUGGUACAAAUAUUAAGAAUAGAUGGAACACAGCUCUUGUAAAAUAUCUCAGAGGAGAUCAUAAAAAUAAAAAACAAUCAAAUAAUUCGAAGCCGAAGAAAAUUCAGAAGACCCAAAUUCCUGUAGCUGAUCCUUUAAUCAUUGAAGAUAUAAUUGCGGCAUUCGAAGAAAAAGCAUUAAAUGAACUUGACCUCGACAGCUUCCUGAAGGUCUAA